UCUAUUUUGUCUCGAUAACAUCAGAGUACGGAGCACGCAAUCUUUACUUCUCUCCAUUCCAGUCGAAGCAUAUCUCGUACCAUAUAUUCUUCAAGUUCUCAUCGUUGUUCGUUUAAAUUGCGAAGGGUCGACGAACGGCAAGCGUGUCAUAAGUUCGAUCUCGGCAGAUAAGAGUUCUGCGGCAUUUAUCAGCUCGGUGAUUUCGUCAGUCCGGUAAAUCCCCUCCCAGACUAUCUUUGCGUGCUUUCGCAUUACUGUGCAAUCAUCGACGAUCGCAAUGGCCACCUGGGACGGUUCGUGUCCAGCGGAAGAGGAGUCCAACUACUUCGCGUAUUCCGGUCAGAACGCGCCCGGUACCACCGUGGAAACUUGUCCGUAUUUUGUCGGCAACGCAACCGGAAGCUCUGCAUAUCUGCCUAACAUUGUCUCAGGAAACUACUAUCCUCCUGCAACUGGUGGUCAGCACAUGUAUGAGCAGAUCAGGUCUACCUCCAACGCUGGCUUCUGUACAAACAUUCUGCCGAUGCCAUCGAACAUGGUGCCUUUAGGAAACGCCUAUCAGGAACAUGUACUGCCAAAUGCUCCAUUAGUGGAUGGCAUGCGAGUAUCAAACAGUUUACAGCAUUCUGCAAAGGAUACUCGACCCUCGCGCAGCAUAUCGCCCUCCUCCCACGGUAAUUACCAUCGGAAUUUCAAAAAUAGCAAAAUAACCAAUAAUUUGCAUGCAUCUAUGCUGGAAGAAGAUAACAGCAUUCAAUCCAGCAUAGUGGUAAAUUCGAAUUUACACCCCAUGGCCAGUGAAUUUGUCCCAAAUUACACAGAAUUUAAGAGGGAUAGAUUUAACAAGAGGGAUAGUUUCAAUAAUCGUACAACUGGAAAUAACUUCAAUGCCAAUGUACAGCGUUACCCACCAAAAUCAGCUAUGACUGAUGUGUCUUCGUCGGAUAAUAGAUAUAAUAAGGGCGAGAGACAGUAUGAUAAUAAAAGAAAUAUGAAUUAUAAACAGAAGAAUCCAUAUGAUGCACAAGUUUCACCCAGAUUCAACUAUAAAGAUACUUACAGGACAUACAAUGCAAAGAGUUACAACAAGUUCCAGAAUAAGAAGUAUUAUAACAGAAGACAUGAGACAGACACGUCUUCUGUUGAACAGUAUGCCACUGAAAGACCUAUUACAAUUGAAUCCACUGGUUCAUUUGAAUCCAAUAGUGUAGUGGAUAAGAAUUCAGUUGAUGCGGUUUCGGAGGACGACUCCUCGAACGUGAACAUUAACGUGAAUAGAGGAGAGACGUUUCCGCGUGAAAACAAUGAGAAUUUAGAAAGCGCUUCAUCAAAAAGCAAUGUGCAACGAAAUGGCAAACCUAAGCGAUUCAAUAACCACGCCAACACUUCCAAUUAUUACAAAUACAAUCCAGACAAUUCAGAUAGGUCUGAACUCGUUGGUAGAAUUACAAGGAGGUACACGGGUAACAGUAGAAGCGAGAGAUACGAGAGCAAUUACAAAGGUAGAAAGAACAAUUUCAAUCUUCAGACUGGUCCUAGAAGCAAUGGCUACAGCAAGAGAAGUGGAAACGAAAAACUAGAUGACAGAGAUAGUAGAGACGGAGGAGGUAAAGAUAGUAAUGUGGAGACAAUAAAUUACAAGGAAAAGAAAGUGGAAAAUUGGAGGGACAGAGCAGAGAAUAACGGAACAACGGCGCAUAUGCAGAGGAGAAAUCUCCAGAAAAAACUUGAAAUUGAUGAUGACGCGAGUCAGAGGGAGAGAUUGUCGGAGCAGCUGAACAGAGGAACGUUGGAGUGUCUGGUCUGUUACGAGCACAUCAAGCAAAACGACUACGUGUGGUCCUGCGGUAACUGCUAUCACGUGUUACAUUUGAAGUGUAUUCAAAAGUGGGCGACGUCGUCGCAAAUCGACAAAGGUUGGAGAUGCCCGGCUUGCCAGAACGUGAGUUCCAUUGUACCGGAGAAUUACUACUGCUUCUGUGGAAAGAUGAAGAUGCCCGAAUGGAACCGCCGAGAUGUAGCGCACUCAUGCGGCGAGACCUGUGGUCGUAAUCUGUCGAAGAAGGGUUGCGUACACAAGUGUACUCUGCUCUGUCAUCCUGGCUCUUGCCCACAGUGCGUGGCAAUGGUGACCAAGUAUUGCGGCUGUGGUAAAACCUCACAGACGCUCCAGUGCAGCGCUCACAAACCGCUGCUGUGCGACUCGAUAUGCGGCAAGGAUUUGCCUUGCGGCAAACAUGUCUGCGAAAAGAAGUGUCACCAAGGAGAGUGCGAAUCGUGCGACAAGACUGUACAACAAACAUGUUUCUGCGGUAAGAAGACUCAGGAGGUACUUUGCCGUGCCAAUGUUUCGGAUACGUAUUCCUGUGAUAAUAUCUGUAACAAAAAGCUGGACUGCGGGAAACACAAUUGUCGGAAGAUCUGCCAUCCGGGAUCCUGCGAGUCUUGCUCUUUAACGCCCGACAAAGUCGUAAGCUGUUGUUGUGGUCAAAUGCCGUUAACGGAGAUCAGAGAGAGCUGUUUGGACCCCGUGCCAACUUGCGACAAGAUCUGCUCGAAGACUCUCAAAUGUGGCCAGCCUAGUAAUCCGCAUACUUGCAAGGCGCCGUGUCACAUGGGUGAAUGCCCGGAAUGUGACUUGACCAGCGAUGUCAAAUGUCGAUGCGGUAAUAUGGACCGGGAGAUAGCCUGCCGAGACCUGAAGAGCAAGGCGGAUGAUGCACGUUGUGAGAAACGCUGCAAGAAGAAGAGAUCUUGUGGCAAACACAACUGCAAUCAGCUGUGCUGCAUCGACAUCGAGCACAUUUGUCCGUUACCGUGUUCCAAGACUCUGAGCUGCGGUCGGCAUAAGUGCGAACAGAGAUGUCACAUAGGAAGAUGCCCGCCUUGUUGGCAAAGCAGCUUCGACGAGCUGUAUUGCGAGUGCGGCGCUGAGGUGAUCUAUCCACCGGUUCCAUGUGGCACAAGGAGACCCACCUGCAACCGGCCAUGCUCACGUCAGCAUCCCUGCGGACACGAAGUGCUGCAUAACUGCCACAGUGAGCCUACUUGUCCACCGUGCAGUGUGUUAACUCAGAGAUGGUGUCAUGGCAAGCAUGAGCUACGGAAGGCGGUACCAUGUCACGUGAACGAGAUCUCGUGCGGUCUACCGUGUAAUAAACCACUCCCCUGCGGACGGCACAAGUGCAUCACGAUGUGUCACUCCGGGUCCUGCGAGAAACCCGGUCAAUCGUGCACGCAACCUUGCGUUAUCACGCGAGAAUUAUGUGGGCAUAUCUGCGCUACUCCAUGUCACGAUGGCAAGUGUCCGGAUACACCCUGCAAAGAGACGGUUAAGGUGACAUGCCAGUGUGGACAUAGAACUAUGAGCCGUACUUGCGUCGAUAAUGCGCGGGAAUAUCAGAGAAUAGCCAGUAAUAUAUUGGCUAGUAAGAUGGCCGACAUGCAGCUUGGUCACUCCGUUAAUUUGGAGGAGGUGUUCGGACAAGGCGCGAAGAAGCAAAAUCAACUGAAGACGUUGGAAUGCAACGACGAGUGCAAGACGAUUGAAAGAAAUCGAAGACUAGCUUUGGGACUCCAGAUUGUCAAUCCGGACUUGAGCGGCAAGCUGAUGCCGAGAUACAGUGAUUAUAUGAAACAGUGGGCCAAGAAGGAUCCGCAUUUCUGCCAGAUGGUUCACGAAAAGCUGACGGAAUUGGUGCAGCUUGCGAAAACAUCGAAACACAAGUCCCGAAGUUACUCAUUCGAUAGCAUGAACAGGGAGAAGCGCCAUUUUGUGCACGAAUCGUGCGAACACUUCGGCUGCGAGAGUCAAGCGUACGACGAAGAGCCGAAGAGAAACGUUGUCGCCACUGCCGUAAAGGAUAAGUGUUGGCUACCAAGUUAUAGUUUAUUGGAAAUAGUGCAGAGAGAGAAUGGACAGAGAAAGGUUCCAGGACCGGUACUUAAUGCUUCUAAAGGAAACAGUUCUACAAAGACUGUUUUAUCGUUACCGGUGAAGAGUCAACAGUUGUCAACUUCCAAAAUCCCUGAUAAAGAAAUAGACUAUUUUGAUUAUCGAGGAUAAAUCAAUAUAUAGAUCGUAAUCACUAGAAUGUAAGACGCAGCUGCAUAACGUGAAAGUUGUAUGAUGUGUAUGAUAUUAUAAACGGCACAUAUAUAUAUAUAUAUACACGCUUGAUUUUAAUACGGUUUGGAUACUUCUUUUCGGCUUCGCUUUAGAUCAAUGGUUUACAAUGAGAGAGAGAGCGAGCGAGGAGGGGGGGGGGGGAAGAAAACUUCUGGGAUUUUAACAAAAAAUGUCUUAUUGGAUCAUCGAUUACGUUUCAGAAAUUGUAUCGAAGAAAAGUGUUUAAAGUAUAUUGAAAUCAAGUGCAAAACUAUAAUUGUAUAAUUAAUAUCGUGACUUUAUAAGUCAAAAGUAUAAGACAAACGUAUCAUAAUGUUAUUAAUUAUUUUCGACUUAGUUUGCAAAUUAUAAAUUUCGAUUGAAACGAGCAUACAAAAUUCGUCUCAUGAAAAUUAAAAAAAUAAUAACAAGAUUGAAUGCUUUCUCUGCAUCUGCAGAAGAUUUUGACGAAUUGAUUAUUAUCAGAACAAUGUGUCAUUUUAAUGAUGGUUUAAGAUAUAUUCUUGUUGAAAUACUCUCUUUAAACUGGCAUGCUCAAAAGUGUGUAAUAGCAUAAAAAAGCACAGUCUUCAAUAUAUAUUUCCUCUUGUUGCCAAAAGUAA